AUGGCUGUUGUUGAUGAACGUUCUCGUACGAAUAGAUUAUUUCGAACGUGGCCAUUCUUUAGUCAAAGAAGAAGAAAAACGGUUGAUCGUUAUGGACAACAGUCUUAUACAGAUUCUGAUAUUAAUUUAAGAAGAAAUGAUACAUCAAAUUUAAAUACUAUUUUUAUUACUAAUUCAUCUAAAAGUUUAGAGAUAGAUAAUUAUACAAACAUGGAUAUUAGAACGACAAAUUUUCUUGCACCUGUUUUUAACAUUCAACGUUUAGUAAUGGCUGAAGAUAAUGAUGAAAUUGGUAUUUGUCCAAUUUGUUGUGAUCCCAUUUAUUCAUUAAGCCAAAAACACAUGUCAUGCUGUAACACAAAUCUAUGUUCAAUGUGUUUUAUAACACAUAUAUCAACGGGUAUUAAACAAGGUAAAGGAAAAAUAGAAUGUCCAUCAUGUACCGAAGAAAUAAAUAAAAAUGAAAUAUUAUAUUAUGAUGAAUUACCUAUUCAACUUCGAGAACGUUAUCAACAAAAUUUGGCUCAAGCAUUAUCAGAACAAUAUCCAAAUACAUAUAAAUUAUGUCCAAAUUGUAAUUGGAUAACAAUUAUUGAUGAUAAACAACAAUUUAAAGUUACAACAAAUUUAUUUUCAUCAAUGAUAGAUCGUCCAGCAAAAAUAAUUGAAUGUGAACAUUGUCAACAAUCAUGGUGUUGGAGAUGUUAUGCACCAAUGCAUGAUGGACAAUCGUGUAAAGAAUUUAAAAAAGAUCGUACACGUAUAGAUACAUGGGCAAAAGGAAAACGUUUAACGGAUAAUCAACGUAAUGCACAAAAAUGUCCAAAAUGUGCAAUUUAUAUUGAAAAAAUCGAUGGUUGUAAUCAUAUGCAAUGUGGAAAAUGUAAUGCAAAAUUUUGUUAUGAAUGUGGCAAACGAAUGAGAUUACCAGCAUACAUUGGUCACGAUGCUAAAUACUCAAUAUUUGGUUGUAGAUAUAAACUCUUUCCACAUAAUCGAUUUUUACGGUAUUUUAUACGCGGGUCAAUAUUUACCGGACUUGUAUUAGUGACACCAAUUGUAUUAGGUAUCAUUGUUGCUUUAAUUGGUAUUGGUAUACCGAUUAUUAUAAUUGUAGGCUGUUUAGGACUACCAGUAUUUCUCUGUAUUGAAUGUAAAAAGUCAUCCUCAUAA